AUGGAGCUAGAGAUAGAACUGGACAUUGUAGUCAGAAAAGUCAAGAAUUGUGAGUUUGCUAUUGAUCAUGUGUCACCAUUUCUAUUGGCAAGUGCUGCCGGGAACGUAAGUGUUUUGGAAUUUCUAUAUGAAAUGGAUGCACAAUCGUUGCACAUGAAAGAUUCGGCAAACCAAACAGCGCUACAUUAUGCUUGCACUGGAUAUAAUAAAUCAACUGUUGAAUGGCUGAUACAAAAAGGAAUCAAACUUGAUGAUCAAAACGAGAAUGGCUGGACAGCAUUACAUUUUGCCUGUACGAGAGAUGAUUAUUUUGCAAUCAAAUUGCUGAAAGAGAAAGGAUGUGACAUAGAUGUAAAAGACAAGGAUACUUGUUGCCUGUAUUAA